GCAGUGUGAAAUGGGCCGGGCAUGUCUCCAAAAGAUCUUGGCCGGCGAGAAUCUGAAGUACAUGGCUUUUGUGAGGGAAGAGAAUGAGAAAGACUUGCGCUUGGCCCUGGAGUCCCAAAUCUAUGAUCACUGGGAUGCCAGCAGAGACGCACCGCCAAAGCAACGACCACAGCCGGCUUCUGAGGAGAAGGACUUCACUUUGGAGAUUCUAGCCAUGCAGUCUGGUAAGCCUGUCUUUCCGGAACAGGUGCUCACGGACAGGUUUGCCGACAGCAGUGAGUACAAGAAAGAGGUGCUGAAAUUGAAAAAGAUCUUCGAGGAUAAGUAUGGGGCUCCUGCUGCUGGUGCGGGCCCGCCCACGGUUGACAGUGGUCCAUGCCGGGUGAGCGGGCAGUGCGACUUUUCCAUUGACGACGGGCUCUCGCCUGUGGACACUUCGCGGACGGUCAGUCUUUCGGUCAAGACCAUAGACCAGCUUGGAGAGCCAGCUUCAAGGCGUGGGACAUUGGUUGGCAAAGCUGGUAAGCCAACGGUGGUCGUUGACGAGAACUUUCACAUCUGGCUGCUGAAUU